AUGGCAGUCACUUCAUCCGUUUCUUACUGUGCGCCGCCCGAGGAGAUCCUCGUACAGCAGCUCGACCUCAUCUACUUCAAGGCAAACAACUCAAUCUCGUUUAAUGUCUCCGCAGCGAGUGUGCUCUCCGAUGUCAAUGUUACCGCCAAUAUCUAUCUCAACAUUUACGGCAUGCAGCCCGUUAAUGAGACCAUAGACCUCUGCAAACUUUUUGGCGGCAUCAUCUGCCCGCUCCCACAGUACAACUUCACAGGCGCAGAUUCUCUCACCCUCCCCUCAUCUUUCUCCAUUACGUCCCACCUCCCUGGCAUCGCAUACGUGAUUCCCGAUCUUGAGGCGUUUAUGCAGCUCACGCUCAUCGAGGUGGGUACGAACAACGUCAAGGCAUGUGUGCAAGCGACUAUCUCGAACGGCUGGUCUAUGCGCCAGUAUGCUGUGGAGUGGGCGACUGCCGCUAUCGCAUUCCUCGCGCUCGCAUUAGCACUGUGGCAGUCUGUGACAACUGGCGCGCUCGCGCUCGCGCCAAUACGCCUGCUCGAUCUACUCGGGCUGUAUCAGACAAUCGCCAUCUCUGGGCUUCUCGGGCUCGACUAUCCGUCUGCCUACACCGCGUUCGCGCUCAAUUUCUCGUGGGCGCUCGGGCUGUUCGCGCAAUCUGCGACCUCGCCCAUGCAGACAUCCAUCAAUAACAUGCGGCGUCUCACCGGGGGUAAUUCAGACGACGCUAGCAGCGCCGGUGCGACUCAGUUCGUGAACCGCAAGCUGAGUCCGUACAACAUCCCGCAAGGCGGAGCCAGUUCCACCAGUUCGCUCUCCUCUAUCUCGCUCGCGAAAAUCGCAGCCGAAAUGCCGACGAACGUCACCGGCUCGUACACGCUGCUCAGGUCUCCUGUCGAGAACGCAACAUCGCUCAUCUCGGACGGAGGCGUGGCCGUCGUGACCGCCCAGUCAUCAAACGUCCUCCAGGCGGGGAUCCCUAUCUAUGUGAACUCAAUCGGCAUUGCAACCGCCGACGCGUUCAUGACCAUCUUCCUGGUUGGCCUUAUUUACCUGGCCGUAGUGUUGGCCGCACUAGCCCUCGGGUUCGCGCUGUACCACGGUGCGCGGCGCACCGCGUGGGGACAGCGGAACCUGCCCAAGCUUCCCGGGCUCGAGGCGGGGUACCUCCCGUUCGCGCACGCAUGGGGCCUCCGGGCGGCGCUGGUGGCAGUAAUACCGAUUCUAGUGUUCACGUUUUACCAAUGGACGCUCAAGGACUCAUGGCUGUCUGACCUCCUGUCCGUCUUUACACUCAUCGCCAUCAUGGUGUUCGUGCUGCCUGCGUUCUACCUCACGCUUCGCCCACAUCUGCCUCGCGUUCUCGCCCGAACCGCGAAUGCCACCGUUCCGGCAUCAAUAUCCCUCUCCCCUCUCACCGCACCGUUCCUGUCCGAGCGCAUCUAUUACCUCAUCCCGCUUCUUCUCUCAGUCGUCGUCAAGGCGCUUGUGACCGCAUUCGGGCAUGCGCAUGGGUUUGCACAAAGCAUCAUCAUUACCGUCAUCGACGGAUUCCUGCUACUCUCCUUGUGCGUGCUAAAGCCGCACCGCACACGCCAUGCAGACGUCCUGCAUGGCUACCUCGCCAUCGUGCGCUUUGUAUGCUCAGGCUUGCUCAUCGCCUUCGCGGAGAGCAUCCAGCUCAUGGCCAUCCCGCGCACGGCCAUCGGCAUCGUCGUCGCAGUCAUCUUCGCGAUCGCCGUCAUCGUCAUGUUCUUCAACAUCCUCGUGAACAUGGGCCUGUGGAAGCUCGUCAAGUUCGUCGUGUGC